AUGUCAAACUCCUGCUGGUGUAGACCAGCAGCAGAGGCAGUGGUGACGGCCUGCUUCAGCCCGCUCAGUCCUGGGACAAGUCUGAACGGUGUGUGGCACAAACCAGUGGAGUGGUUCAUUCUGCCCAAGGGCUUUGAGGGGACUCUGGUCUGGGAGAGUCCUGACUUAGCUGGUCUGACUACGGUCAACACAUCCCGGGUGAAGCUGAACAACGGGGGAGGAGUCCUCAAGUUUUCCUCUAUCGAUGAGGGGACGUUGCCUCACAGGAGUGCUGGCUUCCCAGGGUUGGCUGGAGGGUUCACCUUCAGAAUCCAUGACAUGGCCUCCCUGUGGGAGGUGCUGCAUGGCCGACAGGGUCGGAUCCAGAGUCACGGCACCAGACUGCAGAUGGAGGACAGGUCUCUGGAGCAGGAGGGUCUGCGAUAUGGAGACAUAGUGUUUGUGGAUGUAGUAGAUACAUACAGGAACGUGCCUUCUAAACUACUGCAGUUCUACAAGUGGUCGGUGGGAAACGCUGCGUUUGAUCUGCUCCUGAAGACGGAUGAUGAUUGUUAUAUUGACGUGGACAAGGUUUUAAUGAAGAUCGACCACAAGGGCCUGAAGAGACACAACUUCUGGUGGGGAAAUUUCCGUCAGAGCUGGGCGGUGGACCGCAUUGGGAAGUGGCAGGAGCUAGAAUACGCCAGUCCAGCCUACCCGGCCUUCGCCUGCGGCUCGGGCUACGUGGCCUCCAGGGACCUCGUCCAAUGGCUGGCCAGCAAUGCAGAGCAACUCAAGGCCUACCAGGGGGAAGAUGUGAGCAUGGGGAUCUGGAUGGCUGCUGUUGGACCACAGAAAUACCAGGAUGCAGGCUGGCUGUGUGAGAAGGACUGCUACCAGGACAUGCUGUCGUCGCCCCAACACUCCCCCGAGGAGCUCCGCUCGCUCUGGGCUAGGAAGAGGGCCUGCGGGGACCCCUGUGGAUGUCCCUGGGGACACAGCUAACAUUAGCUAACAGUCUGGGCAGGUAGUUAGCUAACAGUCUGGGAAGGUAGUUGGCUAACAGUCUGAGCAGGUAGUUAGCUAACAGUCUGGGAAGGUAGUUAGCUAACAGUCUGGGAAGGUAGUUAGCUAACAGUCUGGGAAGGUAGUUAGCUAACAGUCUGGGAAGGUAGUUAGCUAACAGUCUGGGAAGGUAGUUAGCUAACAGUCUGGGAAGGUAGUUAGCUAACAGUCUGGGCAGGUAGUUAGCUAACAGUCUGGGAAGGUAGUUAGCUAACAGUCUGGGAAGGUAGUUAGCUAACAGUCUGGGAAGGUAGUUAGCUAACAGUCUGGGAAGGUAGUUAGCUAACAGUCUGGGAAAGUAGUUAGCUAACAGUCUGGGAAAGUAGUUAGCUAACAGUCUGGGAAAGUAGUUAGCUAACAGUCUGGGCAGGUAGUUAGCUAACAGUCUGGGCAGGUAGUUAGCUAACAGUCUGGGCAGGUAGUUAGCUAACAGUCUGGGCAGGUAGUUAGCUAACAGUCUGGGCAGGUAGUUAGCUAACAGUCUGGGAAGGUAGUUAGCUAACAGUCUGGGAAGGUAGUUAGCUAACAGUCUGGGAAGGUAGUUAGCUAACAGUCUGGGCAGGUAGUUGGCUAACAGUCUGGGCAGGUAGCUGGCUAACAGUCUGGGAAAGUAGUUAGCUAACAGUCUGGGCAGGUAGUUAGCUAACAGUCUGGGCAGGUAGUUAGCUAACAGUCUGGGCAGGUAGUUAGCUAACAGUCUGAGCAGGUAGUUAGCUAACAGUCUGAGCAGGUAGUUAGCUAACAGUCUGGGAAGGUAGUUAGCUAACAGUCUGGGAAGGUAGUUAGCUAACAGUCUGGGAAGGUAGUUAGCUAACAGUCUGGGAAGGUAGUUAGCUAACAGUCUGGGAAGGUAUUUAGCUAACAGUCUGGGAAGGUAGUUAGCUAACAGUCUGGGAAGGUAUUUAGCUAACAGUCUGGGAAGGUAGUUAGCUAACAGUCUGGGAAGGUAUUUAGCUAACAGUCUGGGAAGGUAGUUAGCUAACAGUCUGGGAAGGUAGUUAGCUAACAGUCUGGGAAGGUAGUUAGCUAACAGUCUGGGCAGGUAGUUAGCUAACAGUCUGGGCAGGUAGUUAGCUAACAGUCUGGGCAGGUAGUUAGCUAACAGUCUGGGCAGGUAGUUAGCUAACAGUCUGGGCAGGUAGUUAGCUAACAGUCUGGGCAGGUAGUUAGCUAACAGUCUGGGCAGGUAGUUAGCUAACAGUCUGGGCAGGUAGUUAGCUAACAGUCUGGGAAGGUAGUUAGCUAACAGUCUGGGAAGGUAGUUAGCUAACAGUCUGGGAAGGUAGUUAGCUAACAGUCUGGGAAGGUAGAACACAAGGCUUGAACACAUCGUCUCAGUAGGAUUGGUGAUCUAGGAACAGGUCACUCCUGUCCGUGUUAACUUAUUAAUUAUGAUCUAAAAGGCUAAGCUGAUCCUAGACCAGCACUCCGAGACGCUUGACACAUACAGCCCUAGGUCUCUACAGAGUACAAAACAUUAGGAACACCUUCCUAAUAUUGAGUUGCACCUGUUCAAAAGCACUUAACAUUUUUGUCUUGCCCAUUCACCCUCUGAACUGCACACAUACGCAAUCCAUGUCUCAAAUAUAUCAAGGCUAAAAAAUCCUUCUUCAACCCGUCUCCUCUCCUUCAUCUACAUGUCUCCUCUCCUUCAUCUACAUGUCUCCUCUCCUUCAUCUACAUGUCUCCUCUCCUUCAUCUACAUGUCUCCUCCCCUUCAUCUACAUGUCUCCUCUCCUUCAUCUACAUGUCUCCUCUCCUUCAUCUACAUGUCUCCUCUCCUUCAUCUACAUGUCUCCUCCCCUUCAUCUACAUGUCUCCUCCCCUUCAUCUACAUGUCUCCUCCCCUUCAUCUACAUGUCUCCUCCCCUUCAUCUACAUGUCUCCUCCCCUUCAUCUACAUGUCUCCUCCCCUUCAUCUACAUGUCUCCUCCCCUUCAUCCACAUGUCUCCUCCCCUUCAUCUACAUGUCUCCUCCCCUUCAUCUACAUGUCUCCUCUCCUUCAUCUACAUGUCUCCUCCCCUUCAUCUACAUGUCUCCUCUCCUUCAUCUACAUGUCUCCUCUCCUUCAUCUACAUGUCUCCUCCCCUUCAUCUACAUGUCUCCUCCCCUUCAUCUACAUGUCUCCUCCCCUUCAUCUACAUGUCUCCUCUCCUUCAUCUACAUGUCUCCUCUCCUUCAUCUACAUGUCUCCUCCCCUUCAUCUACAUGUCUCCUCCCCUUCAUCUACAUGUCUCCUCUCCUUCAUCUACAUGUCUCCUCUCCUUCAUCUACAUGUCUCCUCUCCUUCAUCUACAUGUCUCCUCCCCUUCAUCUACACUGAUUUGAAGUGGAUUUAACAAGUGACAUCAAUAAGGGAUCAUAGCUUUCACCUGGAUUCACCUGUUUAGCCCCGGGGACAAUGGAUACUGGUUUCUGAACAGUGACAUUUCCUGUCAAAAGGCAGGAUACCGGCGUAACCAAAUGUAAAGUGCUGAAUGAUGUGGGAGAGACACAGAUGACCAUGUUACGUUUCAUUCUACUGGUGUUAUUUAGUCAAUUAUUCUCCCAAGCUACUCCUCAUCGCCAAGCCUCGUCACUAUUUGUAGAUUUCAAACCAACACCGAAUUUGUCCCACAUGACCCCCUAUAUUACCCAUCUAGUGCGCUAGUUUAGACCAGAGCCCCCUAUAUUACCCAUCUAGUGCACUAGUUUAGACCAGAGCCCCCUAUAUUACCCAUCUAGUGCACUAGUUUAGACCAGAGCCCCCUAUAU